GUUUUGUGAAAGAAGUAAUAUUGUUGUCAAUUUAUUUCGACGAUGGUGCAAGGGAAAUCGAAAUUGAAAAAGCUUCCAAAUGGCAUUAAGACAAAGACCAAGAAGCAGAACAAACCAUUGGGACUGAAAAAAGGAGGACAAGUAAUUGCUCCAAAGAAGAAAAGACACUUAGAAGCAGCAAAACUGAAAAAGGGAUUAGAAAAGUCCAUCAAUGCCAAGAUAGAACAUGAAGUUACAAUGACAGCAAAUUCUGUGGAACCAAAAUCAUUCCAUGUUGUCAAGUCACAAGAGGCAUCCACAUCAAAAGCAAAUAAAACAUAAUGACAAAAUCAAACGUUUUUACUAGUUUUGAUAAAUAAGUGAAAAUAUUCAUCAUUCAGGAACGUUACAUAACAAUGUUCCAAGCAUAUAUUAUAUUGUAUCUAUGUCCUAAGGCAUAUACAUAGCUAUAGUGUGCCUUUGGGUAAAAUUGUCAAAGCUGA